AUGGGUGAUUCUACAUCGUUGCCUGAACUCGCCCCCGAGAUGGGCGACGACAUCUUGCAGGGCGUAGCCGAGUUACGGCCCGGCAGCCCUCAGGCACGCUCACGCGCCCUGAACCUCCUACUGAAGGAGGCGAGCCGCAUGUUCCCGUUGCCCCAGGCCAGCCAAGAUGGGACACCUAAGCGGCUCUCGCCCGCCUUCCUCAAAGGAGCCGCUCGGAGAACCCGCGGUGCCCGCAGGAUCCCGCGGCGGCACCUCACAAUGACCGAGCUGCAAAGCCCGGCCGAACGGGACGACACCACCCCAUCAUCGUCCUCCCCAUCCAGCAGCCGCACGAGCUCCUCGUCGCCAGCUCACGGCGUCGACUCCGCCGCAUCAUCGUCGACCAGCAGGCCGUCGUCUCCCUUCGCCGGCUCCUCUACCUGCUCGCCGGCAGCCUCCCCCCUGGACCUCGGAAGCGAAACAGGGGAAGACACCGAGCCGCCGUCUCCUACCGAGGGGGACCCUGGAACUCCUGAGCGACCCCAACCCCGCGACGGCCAUACGCCGUCACCUUCCUCUGCCCCACGCGGGGAGGCGGCGGCGGACGGCACUGCGGGACACGACGCCCCGGAUCUCGGACGCCCCCCCACCACCCCGCUCGAUGGCGAGCACACGCCGGCCGCCGAGUCACUCCCGCGGGCGGGUGUCAUGACAACGAGAGCAGCACCCCCCGAUCGCCGGCUGCCUCGUAUUCCUCGUGGAUCGCCGGGGCGGACGGCGCCGCAGGGCAGCAACAGCGCGGCUUCUCUCCAUUCCUGCCACCCAUCCCCGAGGUUGCUGAGCCAGAGGAGAGCCGACCCCCCGGCGGACGGCACUGCGGGACACGACGCCCCGGAUCUCGGACGCCCCCCCACCACCCCGCUCGAUGGCGAGCACACGCCGGCCGCCGAGUCACUCCCGCGGGCGGCCGAGGAUGAAGGCGCGGGCGGGUGUCAUGGCGAACCUGCCCCCGACAACGAGAGCAGCACCCCCCGAUCGCCGGCUGCCUCGUAUUCCUCGUGGAUCGCCGGGGCGGACGGCGCCGCAGGGCAGCAACAGCGCGGCUUCUCUCGAUUCCUGCCACCCAUCCCCGAGGUUGCUGAGCCAGAGGAGAGCCGACCCCCGUGCGCCAUCGUGACGGGCGCCAGCCCCGCGGCUGCGCCGGUUUCUGGCACCACGGCGCAUGCGCCAACAAGCCCCUCCCACCUGCGGCCUGUAGCAGACGACGGAGCGCACGGGGGCCCCUCUCCGCUCGCUCCCUCGCAGCGGCUCAGCGCGUCAUCUCCCCCGCGCUCUGCAAAGCAGAAAAAAAAAAGAAAUAGAAGGGGAAAAACAACAACAGCCGCGCGCGCUCGGGCGCUCCUGCUGCGGGCCAUGACGGCGUGCCCCCGGGGCUCUGCCGGAGGCAACCCGACCCAUCUGCUGGGGCCGCGCCCAAAGCCCUCCGCACCCUCGAGGGUGCCCGCCACCGUGUCUCCCACGCCAGAAGAUCCAGCCAGCUGCCAAACGGUCCUGUACAGACCUACGAGCAGGAAGGCGCAUUUCCUGGCAACAUCGCGCGAUGCGAUCGCCGCCUUCCUGUCCGGGGUCCCGGGGGCGCACCCGGUGCGGGCCAACGUGGUGGCCGUCGACACGCUUCCGGGCGCGGACCUCACGGCCCUGCUGGCUGUCCGGGUGAUCUGCGACGUGCACGUGAGGGCGAAAGCCCUGGCCCUCAACACGUGCUGUGAGAAAACAUUCGACGAGUCCACCAUCAUCGAGGGCCUGGAGUCGUCCGUGCCGGUGCUCUCGGCCACGCGGAAUGGCGACGCCGUCGUCCUGCGCUUCGCCGGUUCCAUGGUGCCCGCGGAGGUUCACCUCUUCCGACAGCGGCGGGUCGUCUAUCCACGGCUGCCCCGUCCUCUGCAGUGUGGCCGAUGCGGCCUCUUCGGCCACGCGACUUGGCAGCUAGAAAGGAGGGUUGCUGCCACUCUCGCCAACUCCAAGCCGCGCAUCACGCGCAAACAAGCGCUGGAGCAUGUGCGGGGCAGCGGCGCUACGGCAGCACCCUCACCCAAGCAACAUCCCGUUACCCAGCGGGCGACGAAGCGGGGGCCACCUUCGUCGCGACUGCAGCCGGGGCUGUCAUACUCCGCGGCCCUCAAGGGUGGAACUCAAGCAGGCAGCAGCAGCAGUACCAGAGGCGACUCGGGCGAACCGCCCGCCACCGACGACAACCCGGCGCAGCCCCCCGGAGCUUCGCCACCGGCCACAACCGAGCUAGUGGUGACGGCGCUCGCCUCGGCUCUCCGCUCCCUCCUCGAGUUGGUACCCGCCGACUCGCCGGCGCGUCACAUGUGUGUGGCGGCACUGGCAAUGCAUGACGCCCUGGUUCAGCAUGGCUAG